AUGCAGUGGCAACCACAGGAAGAGCCGCUACGGCAGCUUGUCGGAUAUCUGGUGGACAGUAUUGGGGCAGAUGCCGAAAGAAGAAAAAGAGCUGGAGAGAUGCUCCAACAAGCUAAGAGGUCACCGGACAUCUGCAACUAUCUGUGCUACAUUCUCAUCAACCCCAACCCGCCUCAAAAUGACCAACCAUCAGAGUACAUCGGUGCCCGAUCGGCGGGAGGCAUAUUCCUCAAGAACCAUCUAAAAGACGCUUGGGUUCACAUGUCGCCAGACGCUCAGGGCUAUGUCAAGCAAUCAACCGUUCAAGGACUUGGGGACCAGACUCCCCAAAUCAGAUCCCUAACUGGUUCGCUCAUAGCUGAGAUUCUUCGAAGCGCUGGGCUCCUCCAAUGGCCGGAGAUUCUAGCCACCUUAAUAGGGUUGAUUGACGGGAAAGAUGUCCCAAUGCCGGCCCGAGAGGGUGCCAUGAGCUGUCUUCACAAGAUCUGUGAAGAUGAUAGGAAAACCCUCGAUACUAAUUAUAACGGGGAACGCCCUCUCAGCUUCCUUAUCCCUAAGCUACUCACAUACGCAUCUGCCGGGUCUGACAAAAUCCGAGCACUUGCACUCGCAUCAAUCAACAUUUUCAUUCCUGGCAAGCCACAGGCCAUUGUCGAGAACAUUGAUGACCUUCUUACUGUGCUUACCCAGCUCGCCCAAGAUCCAUCUGACGAUGUUCGAAAGGCUGUCUGUCGCUCGUUGGUUCAGAUUGUCGAUAUUCGACCGGAUAAGAUAAGACCGAAUCUCGGUGGCAUCAUUGACUAUAUGGUUGCUCAACAGAACCGCAGAGACGACGAAGACCUUGCCUUAGAAGCCGCCGAAUUUUGGCUUACCCUUGGAGAACAUGACGUUCUCCAAAAUGAUAUCGGACCUUACCUACCCAAAAUCAUCCCCACCUUACUCUCUAGUAUGGUUUAUAGCGAAGAAGACAUGUUGAUGCUUAGUGGUCAGGGCGAUGAUGAUGAACUUGAGGACAAGGCCGAGGACCUUCAACCAGUUUUUGCCAAAAGCAAGGCCCGAACCAUCAAUGGUGAAAUACCAGAGGGUUCUGAGAGCCGCGCCAACCAGAAUAAAAUGGGAGAUGAUGAUGAUGACUUGAGUGAGGGCGAGAUCGAAGACGAUGAUUUCCUUGGGGGUGGCAACCCCGAAGAGAAAUGGAAUCUGCGUAAGUGCUCGGCUGCCGCUCUCGAUGUUCUCGCCAAUGUCUACCACGACACCAUCUUCCAAAUCAUCCUCCCAUAUCUUCAAAAGAAUCUCGAGCAUCCUCAAUGGCAAUUCCGGGAAGCAGCCGUGUUAUCAUUAGGUGCUGUAGCAGAUGGCUGUUGGGAUACUGUCACUCCACAUCUUCCUAAGUUGAUCCCAUUCCUAAUCGGCCUUCUCAACGACUCGGAGCCACUUGUUCGUCAAAUCACUUGUUGGACUCUCGGGAGGUACUCGAAAUGGGCAGCUUCGCCAACAGAUCCUAUGAUCCGCCAAAGGUACUUUGUGCCAAUGAUGGACGGUCUUUUGAAGAAAAUGCUUGACAGGAACAAGCGUGUACAAGAAGCAGGAGCAUCCGCAUUUGCUUUCCUAGAAGAGCAAGCUCAAAAGGAGUUGGCACCAUAUCUAGAGCCCAUUCUCAGAGUCUUCAUGAUUGCUUUCGGGAAGUACAAAGACAGAAAUAUGUACAUUCUCUAUGACUGUAUCCAGACACUUGCCGAACACGUCGGUCAUGCAAUUGCAGAGCGUCCAGCUGUGGAUAUGCUUAUGCCGACCCUGAUCGAGAGGUAUCACAAAGUCCAGGACGACCAACGGGAGCUGUUCCCAUUACUCGAGUGUCUUAGUUUUGUCGCUCAAGCGAUGGGCCCUGAGUUCCAGCCUUAUUCUCAGCACAUCUUCUUCCGUUGCCUCCACCUCAUUCAUCGAAAUCUGGAACAAGGAGUCCAAUAUCUUCAAAAUCCGGAUUUGGAAGAACCUAACAAGGAUUAUUUGAUUACUUCUCUUGACCUUCUUAGCGCUAUUAUUCAAGCUCUUCAUUCUCAAUCGCUAACCCUCGUUCAUGCCGCGAAGCCGAGUUUCUUCCAAAUGCUUACUCUUUGCCUCAGCGAUUCAAAUAAUGAGGUGAAGCAGUCAGCAUACGCACUUUUAGGAGACUGUUCAAUCUACGUGUUUAGCGAGCUAGACCCGGUCCUCCCUCAGGUCAUGGGCCUUCUGAUUGAAGAGCUUGAUCUCUCUAAAAUCGAUGUAGACGAUGAACCCGACACCGCCUAUAGCGUAAUAAAUAACGCUUGUUGGUCUUGCGGCGAGAUCUCUCUACAAAAGGCCCGACAGGGCGGAGCCGGAAUGGCGCCGUAUGUGGAUCGACUCUUUACUAGGCUCCUUGCAGUCGUCCAGACUCCCGACAUUCCUGCCAGUCUCACGGAAAACGCGGCAAUUGCUCUUGGUCGACUUGGACUCGGAUGCCACGACGAGCUAGCCCCGCAUCUUGCCACCUUCGCUGAACCUUUCCUUCAUACAUUGGCAAGAGUUCAGGAAACCGAUGAGAAGGAUACUGCCUUUUGUGGGCUUGCAAUGAUCACUAUUACCAACCCACAAGCUCUUGAGGAUUGUGUGGAUGUACUCUUCGGGUCUAUCGCUAAAUACGUUAAUGCCUCUAAGCAGUUACACAUGCUAUUCCAACAAGUUAUCGAUAAGUACAAAGAAAUCAUUGCGGACUGGCAAAGUUUUUUCACCAAACUACCCCUCAAAACACAGGAGAAGCUCCGCGCAACAUACGUGGUUUAG